GUUGUCCUGGCAGCUGUUCUGCUGACUGGCUACGGCAUACAGUAUAGUAAAAUUAUAAACAACUAAAGUAAAGCUGAAGCUGAAGUUUAAAGUUAAACUAAAAAAGACUGUACUGAAUUUAAAUUCGCGUUCGCUCGCCGCCAUUACAUUUACCUUUUAAACAUUUAAUCUUAAAAGUUUAACUCUUGAGAACUCGUCGUACUGUGAAAUGUAAAAGUUCCUGGUGUUAAAACUCAACAGAUGAAGCCGUUUUAUUUUAUACAUUGAAAGCGUUUUAUUUUUUAAAAUAUCUGCAGCUUGUUAGCAGAUUUUUAUAAUCAUGUUUAUUUAUUGAUUUUAUUUUAUAUAUAUUUUAAAUAUUUAAAUUCAUUCCAUUUAUUAUUUUUAAAAAGUGUUUCUGGAUUUUUAAAAUUCAUUUAUUUAAAUAUUUAUCUUGGAACUUGGACAGUACAACAAAAAGGAUAACAAAAUUCAUAGUGUUUGAAUUAGUAAGAAAAGUUAAGCGGAUAUUACUAUUGUUGUUAUCAAGAGAAAAAAUGACGGACUACAUAAGAAAUAGCUUGAGAGAUAAUUUGCAAAAUUUGAAGCCGACGUCUAAUUUACGACUUCCGUCAAUUCAGCCGGCACCGUCGCAGUUAUCUAACAUAAAUAACCCGCCAGACGAAGUGGAUAAUCGCGAGUUUCCACGAGCUGAUUAUAGGAUUGAGUCUGUGAGACUGCAGAGUUAUGCGAAUUGGCCGUUGUCGUAUAUGGAGCCUGAAAAAUUAGCAGCUGCUGGAUUUUAUUACACGGGGGAGGGUGACAGUGUUAAAUGUUUCGAGUGCGGAGUCGUUAUAUGCCAGUGGGUUGAAGGAGAUAACCCGAUGUCUGAUCACCAGCGUUGGCAAUCAAACUGUCGAUUCGUACGUAAAUUACCCUGUGGUAAUGUACCUAUCGGUGUUGAUCCAAGUACAGUACCCUCAGUAAGUCCCCGAAGUCGUGACGUAUGUGGUCGUUACGGAGAUGAAUUCAGACCUGGCGCAUCGCCAGAUUUUCGUUCUGGCCAGACGGAAUUCCAGUUUCCCAGUACUGCUAAAUUGGGAAGUCUCAAUUUGGCCCAGCCUAAAGGACCAGCACAUCCGGAAUACGCGAGUUAUGACGCCAGACUCAAGAGCUUUGAAUCGUGGCCCAAGUCGAUGCCGCAAACUAAAGACAAUCUUGCUGAUGCUGGUUUUUACUACACGGGAACUGGAGACCAAACUCUUUGCUACCACUGCGGCGGUGGGUUGAAAGACUGGGAGCCCAAAGACGACCCGUGGACCCAACACGCAAAGUGGUUCAAAAAAUGUUACUAUGUUCUGAUGGUCAAGGGUCAAGCGUUCAUCAACAGUGUCAUCGGUCAACCCGUCGCCCCACCUUCUCGCGAGGAAACCAUGCAGAUGAAUCUGCCAAGUUACAUUGAAAAAGUGGAACAACCAGCCAGUGCUGCUGAAAAGCCCGAGGAAAAACCCGAAGAGAAAGCCGAAGUUGACGUUAAACCAGUCAACAAGAGUGCUGACGAUGCCAGAAUGUGCAAAAUUUGUUACAAUGAAGAGUUGGGGGUGGUAUUCCUACCCUGUGGACACAUGGUGGCUUGUACUAAGUGCGCGCCGGGUAUGACUUCCUGCGCGGUGUGUAGAGAACCCGUCAGUAUGACAGUUCGCGCUAUAAUAUCUUAGUACCUUACAUUAGCAUUAUUCAUUUAUUAUUUAGAUUUUAUUAAAUUAACAAACAAAAAAUCUAUAUAUAUAUAUAUAUUUACACAUCUAUAUAUAUUUAAAAUUAUAGUUCUGUAAAAUUAAAUGAUUGAAAUUUGAAAAAGAAAAUUAACAAAGUUAUUUAACGAAAUUUAAUAAAAAUAAUAAUAAAAUUAACGCGUGUUGAAUGACAUGACUCAUGGCGUUUCUCUCAUGUGGGUAAAAUUCUAUGCUGAUUUGAAAUGUAAUCUUCUUUUCAUAUGAAGAAAUGAUUAAUAAUAAUAUACAUGAGAAAAAUACUUGCUAACACAGAAUUGUUGAUGAGAUAAAAAAGUAUUACUAAGUUUAAAAGUAUUUACUUGGUAAUUAAGGUGUUGUAUAAAAUAGAAAAAAAAAGAAAAAUAUUUGCCAGAUGAGUUUAAAUUUAAAUGAAUAAAAUUAUAAAAAUUAAUUUUUUUGUUUAUUUGUUUUUGUGUUUGUAUAAUUUUCUUGUAAUUAAUUUAUCUAUUAAUUUUAAUCUAUUUAAUUUUUAUAAUUUUAUUUAUCAUUUGGCGUUGGCUGUUGCUGGGCAAUAGAAUUGUACCUACAUCAGAGUUUUGCUAUUUUUUAAUUAACUCGCAUUAUAAUUUAAAUUAAUGCGGAUAAAAGUUAUAAAUUUAAAAAAUUUGUUAAUAUUAAAAAUUGAUAAAAGAUAAAAAAAAGUAGCAAACUGACAUGACGUCUAGUCAUUGGAGUAUUACGCGAUUAAUAUUUAAUUCAUAUUUUUUUUUUUUUGGUUUUUUUUUCCCGGAGUUAAUUUUGCUUAAUCGUUAAAAAAUAAUAAAAAGGAAAUGAAAGUAGUCGUGAUUUAUUAAAAUUUGUACAUGUGAUUAUUAUUAUUUUGAAUUCGAUUAAUGUUGAAUUAACAAGCCGGAAAUGCCAUACAGUUUGAAAGUUUGAGAAAAUAAAAUUUAUGUCAUAAUUGAAAUGAAUAAAAUUAAAAUGCUAAUGAAAAUAAUGGAAAUAAAAAAUGUAAAGGUACUAGAUAUUGAAUAAUAAAUUAACAAUUUAUUUUGUUUAAAAUUUUUAUAUUUA